UAAGAGAAGCUACAGUUCUAAAGUUGAGUGUGUGUGAGUGACUGCUUUUUUGAGCGGGUUGGAUAGAUUCUUGAGCUCACCACUUACUCCACAGCUCUCACUCGAUCCUUAACUUGCUUCUCUCUCCUCUCUCUCUCUCUCUCUCUCUCAUGCUUAUGCACUUUCCAGGUAACCAAACAGACAUGAAUCUGGUUUCAAUUCACUCUUUUCUCCCAACAACUUGAAUAUCUCCUCUGGGAUUUUGGGUUUUCUUCACCUCCACACCUUAAUUACACCGCUCGAUUCUUCUUUCUUUACCUAUUUAAUCUUGUUUUUACUGGGUAUUCCAUUUCAGUCUCAUUCUCAACUCAUUUUUUCUACUUGCUUUUUUUGAGACUUUGUGAACUUAUUGUAAGAAACUUAGUCUGUUCCUUGAGUUUUACCUUCGGGAAGACUGAAGCAAUUAGAAGAAAAAGAUAUGGGUUGGUUUUGGGUGACAGUGGGGUUAUUAUCAAUGGUGUGUACAGUGAGCGGCAUAGGAGCAAACUGGGGCACACAGGCAACUCACCCUCUGCCUCCCGAAACAGUGGUGAGGCUGUUGAGGGAAAAUGGGUUUCAAAAGGCGAAGCUUUUCGAUGCAGAAUAUGAUACUCUCAGGGCUCUGAGCAAGUCUGGGAUUGAGGUCAUGGUGGGUAUUCCUAAUGAUAUGCUUGCUUCUAUUGCUGGCAGCAUGAAGGCUGCUGAGAAAUGGGUUGCUAAAAAUGUCUCUGCUCAUAUCACCAACAAUAAUGUCAACAUCAGAUAUGUUGCAGUUGGUAAUGAACCUUUCCUGCAAACAUACAAUGGAACCUUCCUUGGUACAACUUUCCCUGCUUUGCGGAAUAUCCAAUCUGCUUUAAUAAAAGCAGGUCUCAGCAACCAGGUAAAGGUCACUUGUCCACUAAAUGCCGAUGUCUACUGGAGCUCAACUGGUUUUCCAUCUGGUGGAGAUUUCAGAGCUGAUAUCCAUGACCUCAUGUUUGCAAUUGUCAAGUUCUUGAGUGAAAAUGGUGCUCCUUUCACUGUAAACAUCUAUCCGUUCAUUAGCCUUUAUACCGAUGCCAACUUCCCUGUAGAGUAUGCCUUCUUUGAUGGUAAUUCACAACCUCUAAAUGAUGGUGGCACUUUAUAUUACAAUAUGUUUGAUGCGAACCAUGAUACGCUUGUGUAUGCCCUGCAAAAGAAUGGGUUUGGAGACUUGCCUAUUAUCGUUGGAGAAAUUGGUUGGCCCACUGAUGGAGACCGAAAUGCUAAUAUGGAGUAUGCUAGAAGGUUCAACCAAGGUUUCAUGUCCCAUAUUUCAGGGGGAAAAGGAACCCCAAAGAGACCUGGGCCAAUUGAUGCGUAUUUAUUUAGUUUGAUUGACGAGGAUGCCAAAAGCAUUCAACCGGGUAAUUUUGAACGCCAUUGGGGAAUAUUUACUUUUGAUGGGAUACCCAAAUACCCUCUCAACCUUGGCACUACCAAUUCAGGAGCUUUGGUUCCAGCUAGAAAUGUGAAGUACUUGGAGAAGAAGUGGUGUGUGAUGAAGAAUUCUGCUAGACUAGAUGAUCCUCAGAUUGCUCCAAGUGUAAACUAUGCCUGUGGACUUGCUGACUGCACUAGUCUUGGUUACGGCACAGCAUGUGGGAAUCUGGAUGCUCAGGGAAACAUAUCAUAUGCCUUUAACAGUUACUAUCAGAUAAAUAAUCAGCUUGAUAGUGCCUGCAAAUUUCCGAACGUCUCAAUGAUCACCAAAACAGAUCCAUCUGUUGGCACUUGCAGAUUUGAGAUAAUGAUCGAGCCAUAUUAUUAUGGGUCUGCAGCAGAAACAGGAGUUGCGUUGAGGCUGCUGCAUUUAGUUGCAGGCCUUGUUCUCUUUUUGCUAGCUGUUCAGUGAGCUCCAGUCUUCCAAUUCGUAGUAUAUCAUUUUUUUCAUGACAGUGCUCAUGUGCUUUGCAGGAGGGCAUAGAGAGAAGUGAUAGCUAAGAGGGAUUCGUAAAUGGUGCAAAUGUAGUUCAAAUUUUGUGUUGUAGGAAGCAAGAGUUGGAAAACUAACUAUCAUGCUUUGUUUCAAAUUGAAUUGUUUUAAUAGAUUGCUGAUAUGUAUCAUCAAUUAGUGUUAGUUAUUUGCCAUGGCAGGAGGUUGGGAGAAAGUGAAAAGGUCCUUCAAAUAACUCAACAUAAUUAUAACUA